AUCACUACUCAACCGUUGGAUCUCUUAUGCAUGUGGUCCCCGCCCAACGAACUUAAAACUAACCGCGCGCCGUUCUGACACAAUUGGAUCCAUUAUCAAAUUAGUCACUACGUACACUUACACUGAGCAUCUGACAGAUCUUAUACUGAAUCUUCUGGAACAUUCAACAAAGACCAGAACUAUUCCUCUGGAACCUUCGAGGUCAAUGGCUGAGACUCGGAGAUCCACCGGCACAGUAAAAUGGUUCAGUGCCCAGAAAGGCUUCGGUUUUAUAGCGCCAGAUGAAGGUGGCGAAGACCUUUUCGUCCAUCAAACCUCAAUUCGAUCCGAGGGUUUCAGGACUCUCGCCGAAGGCCAACCUGUUGUAUUUGCCGUUGAUUUUGGAGAGAACGGCCGUUCGAAAGCCGUUGACGUGGAGGCCGCUUCCAGAUCCCACCGUCCGGGAAAUCACGGCGGGAGAGGCGGAGGGUUUUUCGGCGGAAGGGGCAGAGGAGGUGGUUAUGGUAGAGGUGGGAGAGGAGGUCGUUUCGGUGGCGGCGGCGCGUGUUUUAAUUGUGGAAGAAUGGGGCAUUUAGCUAGGGAUUGUUAUAGCGGCAGUGGUGGUGGUGGACGAGGUCGUGGAUAUGGUGGAGGCCGCGGCGGUGGAAGAGGAGGCGGAGGAGGACGGUGUUAUAAUUGUGGGGAGGAAGGGCAUUUUGCGAGAGAUUGUCCGAAUUAUGAACAAAAGUGAGAGAUGAAGAAUGAGAAGUUGUUAAUUUUCGUGGCCAAUUGUUUCGGUUUUUGCUUUGGUCUAUGUUACAAGGAGAUUUGGUAAUUUUAGAGGUCUGCGGAAAGUGCAUCAAAAUAUACAAAUAAGCUCAUCUUAUCCAUUUCCCUUACAAGGAAUGAGGACCAAGUCAUAUGGUUAUGGUGGGCCUUGCAUUCUUAUAUAUCCUUAUCUGUGUUUAGUAGCUGAUGAGAGGCUGGUAUUAAAUGGAGUAAGAUUGCUUUUAUUUUCCUUUUGAUUGGAUCUGUCCUGCUGGAUGAUAUAACACUUGGACUUAUCUCAUGGUUCUUUAUUCUUUCCUUAAACCAUUAGUGUAGAUGAAAUCAUUCUUUCAAAAAAAUCUCUGUCUGGACUCUGAACAACAAAUAAAAGAUUACUCCUAAUAUUUUAAUAAUUCUAUAUGAUGUGCAGAAGUAAACUUUUCUUGUUGGUUGCAUGCGAAAAUGGAUAAGAUGUUGGGUUCUUAAAAGUCUAUAUAGUGGAAAUUUGGAAUAGCCAUUCCCAUGAAUGUUAAAUUUGUAGCGUUCAAUUGUGAAACAUGGAAUGAUGGUGAUAGAGAAAU